AUGCCGGGUCUGCCACAGCACAGCCCCCGAGGAGGCCCCACUGCGCGCGAGGGCCUGGGCACGUCCCCAGACCCCCCCCCCCGGCCGUCCCCGCUCAGGCUCCAGCCCCUGGGUCCCCCGGGGCCAGCUCCUGCUGCGGGGGCACGGGCGGCCCCGCGGCGCAGCAUCCGCCAGAGCAUGCUGGGCGUCCGCACGCUGCGGCUUGGCCAAGCCUCUGCAGCACUGAUGUCUCGUCCCCAGCUGCGCAGCCCCCCCCGGCCCCGCUUCACGCUGCCAGCGCCCUGCAGCCCCUCCGCACGCCCCAGCCCUGCCCGCCCAGCCAGCUCGUCCCACUGCCGCUCCUUUCACCUCUUCCCCCUGCUGCGCUCCAUUCCCAUCGCGCUGCUGGCUCCUUCCCCGCCUCACCCGCAGGUAACGGAGACCCCGGCAGCCCUCGGAGACCCUGGUGGCCCAUGGAGACCUCGGUGGCCCACGGAGACCCCGGUGGCCCAUGGAGACCCUGGUGGCCCAUGGAGACCCCGGUGGCCCAUGGAGACCUCGGUGGUCCUCACACCCCAGCGCAGCCCCACAGCCCGCGGCCGGCAGAGCUGCCCCAUCUCCCCUCGGGGCGCUGUUUCUGGGGCGACGGAGAGACCCGCCUGCACCCGCCUCUUGCCGCAAGAGGCCAGAAGUCUGCAGAGUGCAACUUUUCUGCAGAAAGUUCGCAGCGACAGCUUCAUCCUCCUCAUCACCCUCCCACCCAGCGCCGCGCCCUCCCCGUCCCCCCCCGUGCCCGCCACGGACACACGCACGUGGCAGAGCUGGAUGAGCAUGGGCUCGGGGCUUUGGAGACAGCACCGUCCCCGGGCGGCACCGCGUGGGUCACCAGGCGAACGUGCUUCGCUUUGGGGCGGCACCUCGGGUGCCGCGGGUGGUUUCGUGCUGGGUGCCGAGGCCCCUUCAACUGACCUGCUUGUUCCUCCCCAGCCGCAGAGAGCCCGCUCCCACCCUGUGCCCGUCUGCCCCCCCCCGAGCCUGCACUGCUGCACAGCCUGCGCCCCGCGGUACCACCGGCUCCCAGGGCGACCACGUCCCGCACACUCCCAGCACCCGGACAGGCCUGACGUCUGGGGCUCACCCCACGGGACCAGGGCCAAGCGGGAGUCUCGGAGGAACAGCCGUGCUCAGGCCAGGGUCCAGCCGCAGAGCCGGGAACCCACGGCCGCGGGGCUGGCAAGCGGCACCGUGAAGCCAGCCGUGGUGGUCUGCAGGGGAGCGUGCCGGCGGCUACAGCCCCGCAGGCUCCCGCCCGUCCCACCCCGCUCAUGGGACCCCACCGCCCCUGGGGACCCAUUUGCACCCCAUCCUGAUGCCAUUGCCCGUGUCCCUCCCCAGCACCAAGCCCUCCAGCGUGCCCUGCCCCAGGGUGCCCGGCUGAGCCGUGGCCGUGCCCCCGUUCCCAGGAGAGGUGGGCUGCUGAGGGGCUGGGAGCACUCGCCGUCUCCGAGGCUGCUGCGGGACUUGCCCAGGCAAAAGGGUCGCCCUGAGCUGUGCCGCUGCAGGGCUGGGGCCACGCCAGCUCUCGGGAGCAGUGACGCCGGUGCAGGCCCUGCAGCACCUCGUGCUGAGCGCUGGGUGUCCUUGGGGACACAUUCUGCCUCCUCCCUGGCACUGUCUCUUGCAGCUCCUCCUGCAGCAGCACCGGAGCCACGGGCGGAACGAGCCAGGACCCCGCAGAGCCGCUGCCCGUCUCUGCCCACGCUGCCCCGUGCCCGGCUGCCCGCCCUGGGGACAGUGACUGCAUUUGGGGAUGGCCCCGGCUCCCGCCAGCCUCCGGGCAGGGUGCUGGGGACUGUGCCGGGGCCGUCUGUGCCAGACAGAUACGUCUGCCCGGCUGCAGCCCCACCAGGCCCUGGCAGAGCCACCAGCGCCAAGCAGCGUCUCACCCCAGGCUGGGGCAUGGGCAAAUACAUUCAGGCCAGGGGGGCUCCCGCGGGGCCGGCGGCAUCGCCCCCCGCCCUGUGGGGAGCCCCCCAGCCCGAGUGCCGGUCCUGCGCCCCACGGCCGGCACAGCCCCCCGGGGAAGGAGGGGAUGGCAGAGCGGCGGUGGGGCAGGGACUGGGGGCACCGAUGGAAGCGAGGGGGCCGGGGGCAGGAGGGGCCAUGCUGCGCUCCCCGGGGAGCUGCAGCGCUGGGGCCGUGGAGGGGACGGGGCCAAGGUGGCCGCACCAGGGUGCAGGGCUGUUCCUGGGGGCCUGCAGCUGCGGGGGGAGACCCCCCGGGGGGGGCUGGGAGGGUGGUGCUGCUGCCGUGCAGGGGGACGCAGCAUGGACUUGGGGGCUUCAUGGCUGGAGACGCUCACCCCAGCACCCCCACCUCUCCAUGGCCCCCAUCGGCCCCCCCACAGCCUCCCUCCAGCCCCAUUCAUCCCCUUGA